AUGGAAAAAGGCAAUGGCUGCUGCUUCUAUAGUGUAUCUUCGGCCGUUAUUCUUUCAAGUGUUGCUUUUGUUGUCAUCUUGAUCUUUGUUCGCGUCCUUUAUGUCAUAUAUUGUAGUGGAAUGCCCUUGAGCAAAAGAGCAUCCAAACCUGUUAGUACCCUUAUUAUUUUAGGAUCAGGGGGUCAUACUGCCGAGAUGCUUAAUCUAUUGGCAGUGUUGCAAAAAGAUAGGUUUAAUCCGAGAUUCUACAUUGCUGCUGCUACUGAUAAUAUGAGUCUUCAAAAAGCUAUGUUGUUGGAGAACUCUCUGGCAUCUGAGAGUGGAAUAGACGUUGCUAAUACUGCGCAGUUCAUGAAGAUUUAUCGAAGUAGGGAAGUUGGUCAAUCAUAUAUAACCUCAGUUUGGACUACUUUAAUUGCAAUAGUCCACGCAUUAUGGCUUAUGAUUAAAAUUAGGCCUGAAGUGAUACUUUGCAAUGGACCUGGAACUUGCAUUCCCCUUUGUGUUAUUGCCUUUAUAUUUAAGGUACUUGGAAUCAGAUGGUCGUCAAUUUUUUACGUUGAGAGUAUCGCAAGAGUGAAAAGGCUCUCCUUGAGUGGCUUGCUCCUAUACAAGUUGUGGAUGGCAGAUCAAAUUUUUGUUCAAUGGCCACAGUUGCAACGACAAUAUCCCCGAGCUACUUAUGUUGGUAGACUCAUGUAA